CAUGCGUACGUGGUUGUGUGCGCCAAGUGUUAUUCCCUUGUCAACUCAACAGUGCCGCACUGCCAUGCUGUACUGCUGUUGUUUCAGAGUCUCCUUCAUAUUUUAAUUUUUUAACGAUACUCGCAUCGUAGGGACGUAAAUUAAGAGUCCUUAACUGUUAAGUUGGCGGGCCAAGAAGCACAACACAACAUGGCAUCUCAAGGCUACAGCUCGGAUGAGUCCAGUGCAGAUCGAAAUGUAGAAAUUUGGAAAAUAAAGAAACUUAUUAAGAGCCUGGAGAUGGCCAGAGGGAAUGGGACGAGUAUGAUAUCCCUUAUCAUCCCCCCAAAGGAUCAGAUUGCAAGAGUUAGUAAGAUGUUGGCUGAUGAAUUUGGAACAGCUUCAAACAUAAAAUCACGUGUAAACAGAUUAUCUGUGUUAUCUGCCAUCACGUCGGUACAGCAAAGGCUCAAACUAUACACAAAAGUUCCGCCCAAUGGAUUGGUGAUAUACUGCGGGACAAUUGUGACAGAAGAGGGGAAGGAGAAGAAGGUUAAUAUUGACUUUGAACCAUUUAAGCCAAUCAACACAUCCCUCUACCUCUGUGACAACAAAUUUCACACGGAAGCUCUUUCGGCCCUCUUAGCUGAUGAUAACAAAUUUGGCUUUAUUGUGAUGGAUGGUAAUGGUGCACUGUUUGGCACACUCCAGGGAAACACCCGCGAAGUCCUACACAAAUUCACCGUUGACCUUCCGAAGAAACACGGUCGUGGUGGCCAAUCUGCCUUACGUUUUGCUCGUUUACGUAUGGAGAAGCGUCACAAUUAUGUUAGAAAGGUAGCAGAGACAGCAGUGCAACUAUUUAUCUCCAACGAUAAACCCAACAUAGCUGGAUUAGUUCUAGCGGGUUCAGCGGACUUCAAAACUGAAUUAUCCCAGUCAGAUAUGUUUGACCCAAGAUUACAGGGGAAAGUAAUAAAACUUGUUGAUGUAUCAUAUGGAGGUGAGAAUGGCUUUAACCAAGCUAUCGAACUAGCAGCAGAAUCUCUUGCUAAUGUCAAAUUCAUCCAGGAGAAAAAACUUAUUGCCAAGUACUUUGAAGAGAUAAGUCAAGACACGGGGAAGUACUGCUUUGGUGUUGUGGACACGCUGAAAGCCCUUGAAUGUGGAGCCGUUGAAAUCCUCAUUUGCUGGGAAAACCUUGAUCUUGUCAGAUAUGUGUUGAAAAACCACCAGUCUGGAGAAGAGACUAUUUUACACUUAACUCCUGAACAAGAAAAAGACAAGACUCACUUUACUGACAAAGCUACUGGAGUAGAAUUGGAGUUAGUAGACUCUAUGCCAUUACUUGAGUGGUUGGCAAAUAAUUACAAAAGCUUUGGUGCAACCUUGGAGAUUAUCACAGACCGCUCACAAGAAGGCUCUCAAUAUGUACGAGGGUUUGGUGGAAUUGGAGGCAUCCUCCGCUACAAGGUGGACCUACAAGGUUUGGAUGACAUGGAAGAACUGAGCGAACUUGAUGUAAACCUCGAUGAUUACAUUUAAAUGUUUACCUCAAUUUUUUCGGGGAUCUUGCGCUACAAGGUUGACUUACAACAGCUAGCAGACCUGGAAGAAGAAUUCAAUGACAUUGACCUGGAUGACUAUAUGUAAAUAUUGGACACAGGGCAUGGCAGUGAAGGAGUACCACCCUGGGGUAAGAACUCAUUACAUGAGGAGCACUGCCCUAGGAAACAUAUUUAGUAUGGAAAUACCUCCAGGUGCUGCACAGCUCUCACGUUCCCUUGUUGAGACGCAAGUCAUUCUUGAACCGCCAACGUAGUGUGGUUCUACAUUGUUGCCUGACAAUCAGGCUUUUCUGUUCUAUUAUUGUAAUAAAAAAUUUUGACUAUUAUUACCAGCAUCUAAUCCUGGGUAACAUUUUUACAAGGUGGCACAUUGUGUGGGUGCUUGGGACCGGGGAGAGGGAGACUGAUGAGGGGGAGGGGAGGGGACGGGAUCAUGGAGGUGCGCACUACAAGGUUUAUAGGAUCUCUUUGUCAAAAUGGUAAUUGUUCUCGGCCAACGUCAUAGGAUAAACUUGUUUCACAGAUGAUGCAGUCUUGCCCUUAUACUCAGAGCAAAGAAGUACCUCGAGAAAUUUUAAUCAAACCAGUUUCAACAAAUUUUUUAGGCUUUUGUGUGUUUGAAAUACAUAAUGAGUCUGCCAACCAGAAGAUUGUAGGGCGUUGGAUUUACUUGAAUUUUGGGUCACAAAAAAUAUUUAUAACAGAGUCUAUAAACAUUUUGUUUGAAAGAUGAAAAUCUUAAUUCAUAAAUAUUACUUCACAUACUGUAUUUCAAGUUGCAAGUUGGUAGUUAUAACUUACGAGUCUAUAAAACUAUAUUUUGUUUGUUUACAAGGUGAAAAUUGUAACAAGUUUUAUAAGAAUCUUGUCAUGAGCAAAUAUACAUAUUAUUUAUUAAUUAAUUUUGCUUGUGGAGAAACACUAUGCUUAGAGGGGCAGGGGUGGGUAGGGCACCCCUCUGGCUACUCUUCAUGUAUUUCAAGGAACAAGUUUUGAGUGGUUGAGAUAAGAUUUUUAUAUCUGAAAGUCAUAUUAGUGAAGAGAAGAGUCCAGCUUGGCCCACCCAUUGUAGUGAAUAAUGUGAGGCGAGUGCAUGUUUCUGAUAAUCCUGGUAUAUUUCCUCUGAUACUGUGAUGACUGCUGUUAUUCUCUUGUUUGUUUCUGUUAGGUGGUACUCAUUGCAAGUCAGGGUAAGUUUAUUUAAGGAAUUUAAGUGGUGUAAUGGGAAACGGUCAGAACAACAGGUACGUGUUACGUGAAACUCGAGGCCGGAGGAAAUUGUAAUCGUGCAAUGCCAAGAUACAAGAGGUGGAAGUGUUGAAGCCGGUGGUAUAGAGCUUUAUAAGACGAUGGCCAAGUCCCUCCUGAUUGUUUAACUGCUGCCUUUGGGUCGUAGAUGCCCGAGACUCUCCUAGAUCUGUAUUUUAUGAAUUUUUUUGUGCUUGAUAAAAAAAAGGAGAGCCAAACAGGCUGCAGAUUUAAUGUUCAGCAGAUUUGAGCCCAAACAAUUGAUAGCCGUGUUGGCAGGAAAAGCUGAUGGCAGUCCUGUCUGGCUCAGCUGAUGACAGCUUGACAUUGGUGUCAUUCAGAUGAUGAUGGGUUGACAUUGUUGCCUGAUUCAGGAUUACAGUGUUACCUGUUGUUUUUGAUACUGUUAGCCCCCAGUGUGGUUAAUUUUUGCCAAACUGUAGCAUCUUAUCUGUGCCUUAUUGGGUAUUUUUAUGUUCCUGUUCUUGUGAACAGGGUAUAAGUAUUUGCGCGAGGAAAUGAUAGACUAGGAAAAUUAUUGGCUCGUCUUGACAACCAAGUGUCUGCACAUUACCUCAGUUCGCACUUCCAGUUUAGGUGAAGCCUCCAGUUAAGGUUUGAGCUCUCGAGUCAGGGGAGUCCUUAUGGUUGCAGAACAGUAGGGGCAUUGUGAAUUGUGUGAAACAAGUUGCCAUAAUUCUAAUUCACUUGUAUAUUUUAUUGGUAACAAAGAACAAUCCACAAUGCCUGUGCUAAUAACUAAACUCUGGAACUUGCAUACAUAAUAUGCCAUUAAUUCAAGGCAUCCUGUCAAGAUGACUAAGUAUGGGUUAUUGGAUCUGAAGGGUGAUUGGCUGCCUAAACAGUGAUUCUCAUAAAAAAUUGACUGUUAAUUAUUUGCUUUGUUAUCAUAUCUAACAUAGGUGAAUUUAGACUUGUUGAAUGAAUUGAUUGAUAUACAAAGCCCAACUGUUUCUGAAAGAGUAGUAACAUACCAAGGUAAAGUCUGAAAUGUUUACCCUUACUCAAUGUUUUAUUUGUGGAUAAGGCAGGCAGUCACCAUUAACAAUUUCCAUCCAUAACUAAUAACUUACAGCUCACAGUUCGUCAAAAUUUUAUUAUAAAUAUACAUUAUUCUAGGUUUCUGAUAAAUUCCAUUAACUCAUAAACUUAUCAUCCUCCAGUUUCUGUAUAAUGCUUUUGAUAUUUUUUGAAAUGUUAUUCAUAAUUGCAACUUUGAAAUGUCAAAAUGUAAGAGAUCUUAUAGAAACUAACUAAAGUCCCCCAGCCCAAGCCAGCUGCCAGUGUACUUUUGUUUUCUCUAGGGUUUUGAACACCUGUAUGGAUCGGCUAAUAAAAUACUUUAGGGAAAGUUAA